UCUAAAGCUAUAAGACAUUUGUCAUUAAAAUUAUUAGUGAAAACGUAUUGCCACAGAUUCUUGGUGCAAAUUUUUUCCCAUUGUUGAUGAAGAUUCUAGCCACCUCAGUAUUUACUUCACUUAAGCACUAAAGCCCGAGAAGAUCUGUAUCUCGUGACUUAUUUUGAGUGAGUUUGUAAAGAAAAUAUUGUGGGACACGCCGCAUAACAUCCAUGCAUUCGAAAUAGACUAUUCGACGCGAUGGAGGACCUGGCAUGGGGGCGGGAGGAGGGCACGCCUGACCUACUGACGGAGGCCUUCAAAAGGCUGGUGGACCAGAACCUGCAGGGGGCGGUGCUGCUCAGGGAGGAGCUGAUGCUGGAGACAUGCCUACGAGGCGACGCUACUGCCAGGUUACGCGUGUGCGAGCAGACGCUGCAGCGGCAGCCUGAUGCUGCAGGCCUGCAGAUGCAGCAGCUGCUGCAUCGUCUGCAGGAAUGUCAUGCCCGGCAGCAACCUCUGCACGAGUGCCUUAUGAGCCUGGAAGCGCUGGCGCGCAUACGUCCUCCGACGACGGCGGACGCCGCGACACUGACCACCCCACACGCGGGCACCCCCCUGCUGGCGCUCCCCCUCCCCGCCCUGCACAGGCUGGUGGGGCUGGGGCUCACGAGCUGGACGGCCAUCAGCAGCUGUUUACCACAGCACCCGAGCGUGACCAAGUCUCUGCUGCAGGAGGUCCUUACGACCAUCACGGCGCUGCCUGUUCCUGCUGGCACUCAGGGACAUCAGCAUGCCAUUGCGAAGGGCAGUGCCACUACGCCACUACAGAUGCAUGGCACUGCCACAAAGAGUGCCACUUGUCCACCACUAAGAAUUGACGGCAGUGACACCAAAAGUGCCACUUUUCUAUCACUACAAAUGCAUGGCAGUGCCACCAAGAGUGCCAGCGUAGAGGCACCUGUCGAGCUCUGUCUUGCCCUCAUAGGUGCCGCCUUUGGGACCCCGGCGCUGCCGAAUCCCAGAUUACAAAACCUGGCUAAAAAAAUCCUGCAAAUUCUCACCAUCAAAAUUUUCAAGUUUGUCCUCAAGCUCUGCGAUCCCGUCGAUGGAAGUGAUCUAGCCAAGGGCGAUCCAGCGAUAAUUGUGCCGCAAGCAAACGUCGAUAAAACGAUCAACGAUCGACCUGUGGAUGAGUCCAGCGAUCGAACCUUGAUCGAGCCAACGCAGUGGGAGGACUGCGCCCUGGUGCAGUUCUACGAUCUACUGCUGCAGGGGGUAGACCAGGUGAUCUACUGCUGCAGGGGGUAGACCAGGUGAUCUACUGCUGC